AUGAAUCUGGAGGGUCUUGUCAGGAUCAAGAGGCUGGAGGUUAAAGGGUGUUCGCGGCUGCAGGGAACUCCAACAAAGCUACCGCAUUUGCUCGAGCGUUUGUCCCUUCCGAUCAACCAGCAGCACACCAGCCCAUUCUCGCCAUUUUCUAUGCUGUCAGAGCUGAGGGGAUUGCCUUUGGGAACAGCUCAAGUCACUCAUGAGCUGGCUCUGAGUCAAAGUUUUUCUUGCCUGACCCGAUUGGAGCUGAAUUUGGCAGAUAAUUUGCAGGAAAUUCCGUUCCCCUUGGCAUCGGUCUCUCACCUCCGAGCAUUGACAAUCUGGGAAGCAGCAGGGCUGAAAUUCCUUCGAGAGGAUAUUGGCUCAAAAUUGCAACAGCUGCGGCAGCUGCAUGUUCACAAGCCUGCGGAGUUGGAAGAGCUGCCAGGAAGCAUUGCAAUGCUUCAACGCCUCACAUCUCUUGAGAUCCAUGCGCUUAAGCUGGCCUCUCUCCCUGAUGGCAUCGGCUCUCUGUCCAGGUUACGCACACUGGAUCUGUCUCAGUGCACAGCACUUGUGCAUCUCCCUUCUUCACUCAUGCAGCUCGCCUGCCUCAACAGCCUGCACCUUACUGGCUGCUCCAUCCGCAUCCUCCCUCCCAACUUCGAAAGGUUGACCCGGCUGAGGACUCUGGACUUGGAUAAUUGUAAGGACCUGGAGGCUCUACGGGAGGGGAUAACACAGCUCAAGGCACUGCGGUGGUUGUCCGUUGUAGCACUAAGGUCCGUAGGACCGUUUUUUUCGGGCCCACCUACCACUGCGGUUACCGCGCUACCCCACGUACCUGCCUGCCUUGCCUUGCCUUGUGACGUGCUGCACUACGCGAGCCGUCCAGCAGCCCUAGCGCUGCCUCCUGCUGCCCUAGGCCAGCGCGCUGCCCCUAGAGGCCCGUAA